UGUAGAUUUAGUUCAAAUCUCAGAGAGGGAAACCGAAGCACCGAAACAUUACGUGGUGAAGGACUCCGACAUCAGAUCAUCUCCACCGCGUCUCUACAGAUCGCCAUCGGCGUCGAGGAAUAUCUCGCUAUUGUUUUCUUCUAAAACAUCUCUAGCGACCCACGCGUCCGUCUCGUCUGUUUUGUGAUUGAGCGAUAUGAGAUCCCAGUGGAGCCAUUUGAUCCUGUAACUAAUGGCAACAGUCCAGGCCCUCUCCUUGAACCAGGACCCCAGCAAAAGCAUCUGUGCCGGUUAUCCAGCGUCCACUGUGGCAUCAGGCCGCUGCGUCAUGGGAAGUGUAGGCAGCCUAAUCGAGAAACCAGACGUGUCACCAACCAAGAGCAACAGAGCAGUUCCACAAGUGCCAGGACGGGCGAACCACGGCCUGCUCAAGAAGGGUUUCAACCAGAGGGAGCUGCUUAACUAUCUGAACAUAACCAAGAAGGAAGCAAAGGGCAUCAAAAAUAUCAUCUCUGGGACAUUCUCUAUCAAGAGAGAGGAGGACGACGUCUACACUAAGGUCUGCCACAGGGACGGAAAAGAGGUUGAUUUGGGAAAGAACUCACUUCCUAUAGGUGGCAAGUUUGACAAGGUACACAACUGUCAUAGAGUUAUGCUUCAGCCAUGCCAUCCACGUUUCAGGCCUUCAAUGCAGAACCUCUACCCCUCCAAGUCAGAGGAAUCGGAGAGCGGCUUAACCAAUGGCAUGAAUCUGUCCUACGCCAAAGCAGCGCCCAAAUCACUGUCCACCUCUUCCUCGUCCUCCUCCCCUUCACGGCCAGGCACGAGUGUCAGCAAAGGCGUGCUAGCAGCAGCCCGGGGCCUCAGCCAGGAAGAGGAGAACAUGUCUGACUCAGGGCACAAUUCCAUGAACAGCCUACCGCCUUAUCGGCCGCCUUUCCGUCCUCACUUGGGACAAAUCAGUGCCUCUAUGGGUCACAUCAACCACAUCGGCUCACUUGAUCGCACCUCACUAGGCUCCAAGGGAGUCGCUUCCACAGUCACAGACAUGUCCUGUCAGAGUAUGGCUACGCUGAACCGCUUGCAGUGCUAUGGAAGCGAGGCCCCGCCACCCUACGAACUGUUGCACUCGAUGGAGGACGUGGUGAGGGACCUGGAGGACUGUCUGCAGGAAAAAGAGCACGAGCUGCUUCAGAUGAGGAGGAACCUGGAUGAGAGCGAAGAUGCUAUUGCACAGGUUUUUGAAGAGAAGCAGCGGCUCUGGGAGAAGGAAGUGACAGAACUGAAACACCUGUACAAUGCCAAACUGCGCCAGGUAUCCCAGCAGUCCCAGCGUUCACAACGAACCCUGCAGCUGCAGCUCUAUAAGGCACAACAGGAACGUAACCGGCUGAAGGAGGAGCUGGAUUCUGUCAGGCUGGAGUGCCAGACCCUGAGAAGUCAAAGCCCAGCAACACAGAGACAAAACAUUAAUCCCCAGCUGGAAGAGACCCAAUGGGAGGUCUGCCAAAAGACUGGAGAAAUCUCUUUACUGAAGCAACAGUUUCGGAACUCUCAGGCAGAGGUCACACAGAAGCUGAGUGAAAUCUUCCUCUUAAAGACUCAGCUGCAUGAGGCACGCAAUCAGAUCCGGGGCAAGGAUGGUCAGAUCGACGUGCUGCAGAUGGCCCUACAGAGAGCCCGACAGAAAUGCCCCUUGCCUGCUUUCGAGGAGCGUCGAGCUGAUACGGGUGAGAAUGAUGGGGCCAGUUCUACGGAGGAGCGUCUCAGAGCUGAACUGCUGCUGGAAAGGCGACAGAAUGAGGCGCAAGCUUCAGCUUUUGAAAUGGAGAGGAGGACCUGGCAGAAUGAGAAAGAGAAGGUGAUAUGCUACCAGAAGGAGCUGCAGGCCAGCUACCUGGUGCUGUACCACAAGAAUGAGGCCUUAGAGAGAGAACUGGCAGUGCUGAAUGUGGGCAGCGCAAGAAUUGAAGAGGUGGGAUCAGGGGGCGGAGAUGAGGGCGGGGCUUUACAAGAAGUGAAGCCGCCCACUGGUCUGCCCUGGAUAGAGAGGAUUGAGUCCUCUGAAAUUUGACUUUGCAAAUGUUCUUUGGCAUCAGAAAUUAGAUUGAUGCCAAUAGCUCUGGCUCCUCAACCCUCUUUUCUAUUCUGAGACAAUGUUUUAAACUUAAUAAAUAAACUAUACUAUAUAAAUUUGACCAAAAACAGAGGAGCGAGCUGAUUAUGGGUUUUGCUUUGAUAAAUGUGGAUCAUCAAAACAUCGACUCAUCCCAAAUUUUGUCUGGGAUGAUAAAUGAUAUUUGUUUUUAGAUUCUAAAACAGUCACAAUGAGUGUUCUAGUACUAUAUUUUAUUUUCAUUGAUUCAGUGGUAUAUUCAUGCUUUAGGU